GAUAUUUCACGGUUGAGAUCUUUCUGUGCUCAUGUAUAUAUCUCUCUCUUUCAUUUCACAUUUUCUUUCUUUUCUCAGAUUCAACACCCUCUCCACAUACAUCUCUCUAGCUUCUUCCAUUUGGGCUCUCUCUCGUUCAGGUUUAUGAGUUUGGGGUUUUGCUGCUUUUGGAUUAAUUUUAGACUACUCAGAUAGCGGUUUGUGAUUUUAGGCCACUGGGGAAUAGAUAUUGAGGAAUUUAGGAUUAGAAGGAAGAAGGAUAAAGACUUUGUUUUGAGUUUGGGGGAUUUUUGUGAGGGUUUGAUCGUGUGAUGGAUUAUUCAUGUAAAUUAGGUUUUACGGAUGGCCAAGUUCGACCAUAUUGCACUAGUUCGGUGAAUCCGAUGAGUUUUAAUGAGGUCAGUUCUCAGAGGUUUUUGGAUCAGAAACUUGUUAAUGGGGCCAGGAUUGAUGGUAAGUUCAUUGAUACUGCGAGAGUCGAUAGGCCUGUGAUGCCUGCUGAUCCGAAUUCUAGUGGUUUCACACCAUUUUAUGGCGUACAACACACUACAGAUCUUCAUGAGGAUUUUGAUUUUAGUGAUGUAGUUCUUGGGUAUAUAAACCAGAUGCUUAUGGAAGAGGAUAUGGAGGAGAAGACAUGUAUGUUCCAAGAAUCAGCAGCACUUUUAGCGGCAGAGAAAUCAUUCUAUGAAGUCCUCGGGGAGAAGUACCCUCCCCCGCAUGAGGAGCAGCCAGUAGCCUACUCAGAUCAGAGCAGUGAAAGCUUGGAUGAAAACCAUGUUGAAGCUUACAAUAGUGAUGGUGGAAACAAUCAUCUUAUUAAUAGUCUCUUGACGCCUGGUUGCAUUUGUGAUUCUAGUGAUUAUAGUCUAUGUAAUUCGCAAGGUGGUUCUGUUAGACUUGUAGCAGAAACAUCUCAGUCAAUAGGUUCACUAACUAGCAACGGCAGUCCUGUGGAUGGGCUGGCAGAUUCACCAGUGAGCACUCUUGGAGUUACUGAUAUAUUUACAGAUAGCCAAUCUGCGUUGCUAAUGAAAAAAGGUUAUGAGGAGGCAAGCAAGUUCCUUCCCAGUGGUAAUAAUUUUUUUGCUGAUAUGGGGACUAAUGAAUUGUUAGCAAAUGGGCAGAAGAAAAAGGAUGAGACUGUGUUGGUUAAGUUGGAGGACAAGAAUCAGAACGAGAAAUCACAUAAUGGGUCAAGAAGCAGGAAGAAUCCUUAUACAGAAGAAGAUGGUUUGGAUGAAAGCAGGAGCAACAAGCAUUCUGCACUGUUUUGUGAAUCGACUGUGAGGUCAGAGAUGUUUGAUAUGGUGCUACUUUGUAGUGAAGGAAAAUAUGAUUCUGCUCUUCGUGAAUCAUUGAUGAACGAUGCAAAAAAAAGUGUGCAACAGAAUAAUCAACCAAAAGGAUCAAAUAGCGGGAAGGCGCGCGGCAAAAAACAAGGAGGUAAGAAGGAUGUGGUAGAUCUAAGAACACUUCUGACCCUCUGUGCACAAGCUGUUGCAGCCAAUGAUCAAAGAAAUGCAAGUGAUUUACUGAAGCAGAUCAGACAGCAUUCUUCUCCAUCAGGUGAUGGUAUGCAAAGGCUAGCUCAUUAUUUCUCCAACGGCCUGGAGGCACGCAUGGCUGGCUCUGGGACGCAGAUUUACAAGCAACUUAUUGCCUUUCCAUUAACGGCUGCUGAUGUAUUGAAAGCUUACCAUUUGUUGCUAGCUACCUCCCCAUUUAGGAAGAUUCCCAAUUUCUUUGCAAAUAAGACAAUCAUAAAGGUAGCUGAAAAUGCUACAAGGCUUCACAUUGUUGAUUUUGGGAUUCUUUAUGGUUUCCAGUGGCCUUGUCUUAUACAGCGACUCUCAACCAGACCUGGCGGGCCUCCCAAACUAAAAAUCACAGGAGUAGAUUUUCCUAAUCCAGGUUUUAGACCAUCACGGAGGGUUGAGGAGACUGGUCAGCGGUUGACUAAUUAUGCGGAGACUUUUGGAGUUCCAUUUGAAUUCCACGCCAUUGCUCAGAAGUGGGAUACAAUCAAAAUUGAAGAUAUCGAUAUCGACAGGGAUGAGAUGCUUGUAGUGAACUGUCUGUUUAGGUUUAAGAAUCUUCUCGAUGAGACUGUGGUGGUGGAUAGUCCCAGAAAUAAAGUCAUGAAUCUAAUUAGGAAGAUGAAACCAGACAUUUAUAUACAGGGUGUCACUAAUGGAUCUUAUAAUGCUCCCUUCUUCAUCACUCGAUUCCGAGAGGCACUCUUUCAUUUCUCCUCGCUGUUUGAUAUGCUUGAGGCCAAUGUUCCCCGCGAGACCCAUGAACGGAUGCUUCUUGAGAAAAUGAUAUUUGGACAGGAGGCAAUGAACGUGAUUGCAUGUGAAGGUGCAGAGAGAAUUGACAGGCCAGAGACGUACAAGCAGUGGCAGGUGCGUAAUCUAAGGGCUGGUUUCAGGCAACUUCCUUUGGAUAAGGAAAUUAUGAGGAUGGCCAAAGAUAGGGUUAAGUCGUGCUAUCACAAGGAUUUUAUUAUUGAUGAAGAUGGUCAGUGGAUGCUGCAGGGCUGGAAGGGACGAAUUCUGUUUGCCCUGUCAUCUUGGAAGCCUGCAUAUUAGAAGAAAGUAUCAUCAAAUACAAGAAGAGGGCAAUUCAUAACAUGGCUAUUUCCCUCAAAAUGUCAGGGCUAUUGAACAUUUGAAGUCAAGGUUUGGUCAUCUACAUCAUGUUCCUAUAUGAUAUGAUGUUCAAAGUCACGUGUCUUUAAUCAGCACAUCAGCACGUUUAAUGAGACCUGUAUUUCUGGGUUUUUUCUUGCAAUGCUAUGCAAAGAAAUCAACAUCGGUGAUCUCAAAACCUGCAAUAUUCAUGCUUGGUCGCCAAAUACUUAUCUUCAAGCAUGAGAAAACUGUCGGAUAGUAUUGCAUGUAAAAGACCUGUUCUUAGCAUGUGUGCAUCUUGUUUAGUAAGUAAUCAGUCAUGUUUUUUUUUUGGUGAAUAGGAGCAUCUGAUACAGGUCUUGUAGCAAGUAAUAUUGUUUCAUUUCUAAGUUCUUUUGAUGUAUGGCACGUUUUGCUUCAACAAUCUUUAGUUCUUUUAACCUAAUAAACUUCCUUUUAAUUA